AUGUUUCUUGAGGAAAAGCGGCGGACCUUUGAAACAAGCAUUUUAGGGUCGACAAUCAUCCACACUGUCGAGCCAAAAAACAUCCAAGCGAUGAUGGUCACUCAAUUUGGUGACUUUGAAUUGGGGAAAAUGCGCCGUGGGGUGCUUUUCCCAUUGAUAGGAAAUGGAAUCUCGGCAACCGAUGGCAAGACCUGGGAACACAAUAGAGCAAUGCUGCGCCCUCUGUUUGUGAGGGCUCAAAUGGUUGACGUUGAAUUGGAGGAGAAGCAUACGCAAAACUUGUUUCGGCAACUGCCAAAUAAUAAAGAUGGUUGGACAAAUCCGGUUAAUAUUACUCAGAUGCUGUUUCAGUUUACGCUCGAGUUUUCUACCGAGCUCCUCUUCAAAACAACUGUACACUCGCAGUCUUCCUCUUCACUGCAAAUUUUGAGCGCAAAACCUACCAAAUCUUUCACAUCGCAAGAUCUGGCUAAGAACCUCGAUGAAGCAACACAGCAUCUACAGAAGCGCUUCAGUCUGCUAGACUUAUACUGGCUGCAUAAUCCGAAGAGCUUUCAAAAAAAAAAUAUCAAGGACAUCCAUCGGUUCAUAAAUCUCUGUAUCGAGGGCGAUGUACAGAGAACGCGACAACAAGAAAACCGUGAGCUGGAAUCCAAGCAGGACUCCGGCUUUUUGAACGCUUUAUUCAAGAAGACGGAAGAUCCAACCGAGCUGAGGAACCAGUUGUUAAAUAUUCUGAUAGCCAGCCGUGACACUACAACGAGUCUUAUGAGCUGGACAUUCUGGCUGCUGGCGAAGCAUCCAGAAAUUUACAACAAACUGCGGUCGCAUAUCAUCACACACGUCGGGUCUGAUGACCAAGCCAAUCAAAUUACUUUUGAGAGAUUGAAUUCAUGCAGAUAUCUUCAAUUUGUUAUGAAAGAGGUUCUUCGGCUCUACCCUCCCAUUGCUAUCAAUAGCCGCAAAGCGACGCAAGACACAAAAUUGCCUCUAGGCGGAGGAUCGGAUGAGCAAUCGCCAAUUUUCCUUAAGGAAGGGCAGGUCGUUAUCUUCUACGCCCAUAUAACCCACACUCUGCGCGAGUUCUGGGGGCCAGACGCCAACAACUUUGACCCCGAUCGCUGGGCCGAUCAAAAGUCCACUUGGGCAUACCUCUCUUUCAGCGGCGGACCUCGCAUAUGCCUUGGGCAACAAUCCGCACUUGCCGAAGCGGGGUACCUCAUUACUCGUAUGCUUCAGAGGUUUGAUCGGGCUAAGCUCGCGGAUCCCCAUGCCUCUGCAGCUCAUAGACCUAGCACUACUGACUCGCCUGCUGACUACAUGAUAUACUUUCACGAAGCGCCCACGGGCACGACUCUUGGGUAG